CGCAGUAUUGCGCACUUAACAUUUCGUAACAUUAUCGUGAUAGAGCAAGUCGUUAGUCGAUAGAUCAUUUUCUGAUAAUUUUUUGUUGGUUAUUACAAUCAUGGAGACGUGUUGUGGCUGUAUGAAUCUAAAACAGGGCUCCAUUGCAAGUGCGAUAUGGUCUAUGAUCAUAGGGACCUUAGUGCUGGGCCUGUAUGGCUACCUGCUUAGUGUAAUGUAUCAAGCCUACGAUGAUCCUUCUGUUUACGGAUUUCGGUUCUACUUGUACUGGGCGGAAAUCGCUGUGAUGUCACUGUGGAUCCUGUUCUCCAUUCUUCUCAUCAUAGGCGUGGUUAAGGGCAUCCGUGGGAUGUUUUUACCUUGGAUGAUUUUGACCGUGGUUUUCAUUGUGUUGGAAGCGAUUAACUUGAUCCAGUAUUUCCUUGUAAUUGCUCUCGUGUUUACCAACCCAAUCACGGCAGUAGCAUUCAUUUUAGCAGUGGUGAUAGUUCUUGUUAAUAUUUACGCCAUGGUGUGCGUCUCAGCACAUUACAGACAACUCUCCACCGUGCCAGGAAGCAUUGAAAUGCAGCCUCACUAUCCAGGAAAACACGCCAUCUGAAAGGAAAAUGCCAUAACUGAAGUUCAGUGCGCCUAAUGUUAGUAUGCGCCCAACUUUGCUAACCUUUCACCUCACGAGAUCAGUUUACCACCGUGUUGGUAAAUCUCUUUUUAUAUGUAUUUUGCACAGCAUUAGUUAACGUCAUAGCUCAGCCGAGCUUUGGCAGAGGAUAUAUUUUUGUAUUUUUUUACCAGAAUUAUUACCAUUUAGAUGAUUUCAUUUUUGUUUAAUUAUUCAAGAUCUAGACACAUGGAUUGAAUAAGUAACGAUAUGUAUCCUAGCUCAUUAUUGUGAUAUAUUCAUGGGAGGGAUGACAUGCUUUACGGUAGAGAAUCCAUUCCUUAUCAAGUUUAUGCGCUGAAUAUCCCUGAUAAUUCAAGAAUAGUAUACGCCUUUGAACUUAUUAAACUUUGUGUUAAGUAAUUCACUGCAAAAAAUUGAUAUCUCCGUCUGUACCUCUUAGCUGAGGCAGCUUACAUUAGGUAAUCUCCGUUGACAUUUUGUACAUAUUGAGAUGAUCACAUCUAAUAAAUAUUAAUGAACUGUACCGCGGCCGGAGGUCCUUUUUUUCAUAGGCUGGUUGAAUAGAGACAAAAUGAUUAAAAAAUUUAAGUGGGACGAUUAAUUUGUGUUUGUUUUGUUUCGUUUGUUUUAAUCUUUGGUGUAUGUUUGGGAGGGUGGGGGAUGGGGUCGUUAAAAAUGAAGGUCAUAUUUUUUCAUACCUCCAAAGCAAUGGUGGUAAGCAGCACGUUAUUUACCCCCCCCCCCCCCCGAAGCCUCCUUCCCCUGGAUCGGACUGUGCGUACAUGUACAUACCGAAUUGUACAUGCUGUAUCCUACUAUGCAGUUUAUUUUGCAUUAAUAAAGAAAUGGGGCUUAUUUUGCACACAUUGUGAAAUGGCUAAUGUGAUUUUUAAAAACAUUUUAGAUAAUUUAAAAAGUUUGUAAAGUUUGUAAAUUACAUAGAUAACGGUGAAUAAGCAUGUUUUUAAAAUUAAAUUAACAUAUAUAUAAGAAAUUUGAGUUUAUUUUUUCAUGAAAACAUAAUAAUUUGGUUAAGUAUUUAUUAUGGUGAGAUUCAUAUGGUGAUCGCAUAGUCAGCUGAACAUUACCACAUAAUCUACCAGCAACUCAGCUGGCAUCUAGAUCUGGAAAAAAACUAAAUCCAUUACUGUACUGACUGAGAACGCAGUUGUAAACUGCAUACCUUUUAAUGUAAAAUGUGACUCAUUAGCUUUUAGUGGUGCUGGUUUAUUGAAUGUUUAAUAAAUAUUUUUCUUUAUAUACA